AUGAUUGAGUUAGGUAUUUCGAAUAAUUUAUUAACAGUCACCAUGGACCUGCUAACAAGCUUCCCCGACAAGCAGACUACAGAUAUUUCACUGCAAUUUAUGAAACUUGCAUCUCUUCCUCCAUCCAUUGCCGAAUACAAAGAUUGCGAACGUUUGAAUCUCAGAUGUAAUAGCUUUUCAACUUUGCCGCCUGAAAUAUCACAUUUAAAGAAACUUAAUGAAUUGAAUUUGUCUGAGAACUGCAUUGAAAACAUUCCGAUGUCGCUUUAUAAACUCACGGCACUAACCGUUCUCAACAUGAACGGGAAUGAAAUUAUUGGGAAAUUGCAGCCUGAUAUUAGCAAGCUUGUCAAUUUGCAGAAAUUAGACUUGUCGGUAAACAACAUCGAGGAAAUCCCACGAACUAUUUUAAAUUUAUGCGCAUUACAAGAACUUGAUCUCCAUUAUAACAUGUUAUCCACCAUACCAUGUGAGGUGGGACAACUUGUUCACCUGACAGACCUGAACCUAUCACAGAACCAAUUAACAGAACUUCCGAUUACAUUAGGAAACUUGAAGCGUUUGCAGUCACUACGUGUAAGUGACAACAAAUUACUCAGUGUAUCAAUGGAGAUAGGGAUGCUAGUUGAGCUUCGAACAUUAGAUUUAUCAAAAAACGAAAUUGUGGAAAUACCUUCAAGCAUAGGUAAAUUAAAAUCUCUGAAAAUGCUGCAUAUAGACAGAAACAAACUGACCAACUUACCGAUCGACAUAGGCAAACUCAAAAACUUACAAGAAAUUAAUAUGUCUAUGAACAAAAUAUUAGACUUCCCCGAAUCUAUCGGUGGUUUGGUAAACCUUCAAUUUCUUAAUGCUAAAAAUAAUCAGUUGAAAUGUUUGCCAGUUUCAUUCGUUAACCUAAGUAAGUUGCGAGAAGUAAACGUGUCGAAUAAUUACAUAGAAUCACUUCCGCGUUCUAUUGGUAAACUGAAAGACUUGAAGUAUCUGGACAUCAGCCAUAAUCAUCUAGAAUCUCUUCCUCCAAGUAUCGAGAUGUUGCGUGAGCUAACAAGUUUGAAGAUGAUGAGAAAUCAAAUUAAAGUUCUUCCACGAGAGAUAGGAUACUUAUCAAGUUUAUCCACAUUAGUCAUCGAUGACAACCCAAUACGAGAACCGCCUAUGGUGAUCUGUAAUGAAGGAAUUUUAGGCCUUCAAAAAUAUUGGCAGAAAAAGGAUCAAGAACUAUUAAAGAACGUCAAACCGAACUCAGAAAAAGUUUCUCUCAAGCAAAACGAUUUGACGUACAUACCAAAAUCUAUAAGUCAAUACACACAUAUACAACAACUGGAUCUCUCCAGGAAUAAGCUGUCAUAUUUGCCUUUGGAAAUGUGUCAAUUGACACAAUUAGAAAACCUCGACAUAUCCAACAACAAUCUCAUUGACCUUCCUGGCUCUUUCAGUGAUCUCAAAAUACUCAAUCUCAGUCGCAAUAAUCUCACCGAAUUCCCAGAUAAUCUUGAGAAUAUUCAACAAAUUGAUAUUUCUCAGAAUUGCCUUCAAAACAUCCAUAUUGGAAUGAAUCUUAGUAAAUUGACGCAUGUUAACAUGAGAGAUACAAAACUGAAGAAUUUCCCAUUGCAACUAUGCAGUGCUUCGGAACUUUAUCACUUGAAUUUAUCAUGCAACAACAUUGAAGAAAUCCCUCCAGGAAUCUGUAAUCUUCAGCGUCUAGCAAUAAUAGAUGUAUGUGAGAAUAAAAUUCGCAGCAUACCAAAAGAGAUAGGAAACAUGAACAGAUUAAAAGAACUUCAUAUUUCAAAUAACAAAAUCGGUAACAUCCCAGAACCGCUUUGCAAAUUAAGAGAGCUUACAUUGUUGGACAUUCGAAACAAUAAUCUAAAGGAGCUUCCACCUCAGUUUGGAGAACUUCAUGAGCUGCAAAUCUUGCAAUUAUCUGGCAAUGUGUUCAAUGAAUUCCCUCCUGCCAUCUCCAAGUUGACGAAAUUGGUUAAGCUUUAUUUAUCUGGAAAUAAUAUGACGUCUAUCCCAUCCACCAUUGGACGCCUUAAAUCACUAGAAGAGAUGAGCAUAGAUGGCAACAUAAUUACUGAACUGCCUGCAGAAUUAUUGGAACUGCAGAUCAUUAAACUGCAAUUGAUUGAAAACCAACAGGACACUCCAUUGAAGGAUUUUGUUGCUGAAUUGAGUCGUCUAAAACAAAACGGUUCAACAGUUGCUAUCUCACCACGAAUAAUUAACAGAAAUUCCAAAUUGAACUCUAUAUGUGUCACUGGUAUCAAAACUGGCGUCUCUUCAACUGAUGUAUGUAAAAAUGUAUGUAUGAAAGGUCAAAAUGCUAUCAAGAAGAUGUGGGAUGAACUAGAUAUAGAAACAUUGAGAAGAUUAGAGGAAGACACCUCUGACAUUGACUUUGCAAAUAGAGAUUUACAGAAACUGCCGGGUGUUAUAGGUAGAUUUGCAGAGUUGAAGAAACUUAAUUUGAAAUCUAAUCACCUAGACACACUGCCCGAAGAGGUGUCUAACUUGACAAGCUUGGAAUCGUUAAAUUUGGCGGACAAUUCAUUUGAGAAUUACCCAUCUGUUUUGUCUCACCUAGAAAAUUUAGUCACUUUAAAUCUGAACCAUAAUAAGUUGACAGCAAUGCAUAUUUCACUUGUAAAUAUAAAAGAAUUAGAUGCGUCUCACAACAAUCUUGUGGCCAUUCCAAACACUGUGUCUCAGGCUAGCCAAUUGACCAAUAAGAUAAAUGAUGACCCAUCCAUAACACUCGAUCUGAAGUCUUUGAAAGUUCUACGCUUAACACAUAACAAAUUAACUAGUAUUCCAUCUGUUGAUAGCUUACUCGAAUUAACUGUACUAGACAUUAGCGACAAUAAAUUACAGAAGAUUCCAAAGCAAAUAAGAAUUCUAAAAAACCUUAAAGAGCUAUAUUUAUCAAAUAAUGAGAUCAAAACAGUUCCUUGUGAAAUUACGCACCUCACAGAGCUACAUGAAUUGGACAUAUCCAAUAAUGAACUUGAGCACUUGCCCCCAGAGAUCGAUAACAUGACGAAUUUACAAAGCUUGUAUAUACAGAGAAACAGAUUGAUGGAAUUACCCCGGACUAUUGUACACAUUGACAACUUAAAAUAUAUCGACGCUAGCGGCAACAGCAGCAUGAGAGAACCACCAGCAGAUGUCUGUGAUCUUGGAAUUAAUAAAAUAAUAGAGUACUGGAACAACAAAGAAAAAGAAAAACAACAGCUUGUAUUUACCUUACAACCUUGUCAGGAUGAUACAUAUAUUGAUUUGCUUGAUGGAUUCAGGUUGAAGGUCCUCAACAAAUCGGUUGUGGAAAAGACGCGAGUUACAGUCACGUCCAGCAUUAACGUUAAACCAAGUGUACUUGAGCCGUACCAUCAAAUUGCUUCGGACACUAUCGAAAUAUCGCCUACACAUCCGCCGCUAAAAAAACCUGUUGUUUUAUUACACACCUUCCCCAAAGAUAAUACAAAACAAGGAUAUAUAUAUCACAGUGAUGACAAAGGCCAGCAUUGGGAAAAACUUUCAACUGAUCAGAAUAAUAAUGUCAUCAAAAGUGAUACACGCGUGUUUGGUAUGUUUGUUGUUAUCUCUGCGCCUCGCCGGGAAAAUUUCAAUGUUCCAGCAGCUGGUGGAACAAUUGUGUCAAGUGCGUCAGAGGAUAUAUCGGUUACCUUCGCACGAAAUUCCACAAGGGAUAACAGGAAUGAAUCGAUUACAAUGCAGAUACAUAAUACCGAUCCAAGUCUUCGUGCUGUAAAUAUUGCAUUUGAAUCAAAUAUCACGUUCAGCCCACUGUUGCACUUAAAUCAUGAGGGCGAAGAUGAGACUAGAUUUCGUAGUCUGACCACAAUCCUACCGAUACCAAGUAGUUCAUCAAAUGUUACAACCAAAAUUCAUGUUUAUGUGAAAAGAUGCAGUCAAAAGUGGGAAGAUUAUACAGAAAGAAAAGUAUCAUUAUCAAAAGGCCAUGUCAGUAUUCAUUCCGACUUUAUGCCACAGAGAUGUUUGAUAUCUAAAGCUCCAAUACAUCUGGCGCGUAGUGAAAUCUCUAAACACGUGAUACAUGUGGACCAAGAAUUCAUACAUCCAGUGACCAAGGUUAAAUUCCUCUUGAUGCAGCUCAAAGGAAGGCCGUAUUGCAUGCGCCUUAGCGUUGUAAAGAAAGAGGAAAUAACGGAGAAGAUUAAUCACGAGAUAGCCAAUGGAUAUUAUUCUUAUUUUGACAGUGUGUCGUCUAGUGAAGACGUGGAUAUGGCAAUUGAUGAAAGUAUUCGUGUUGAAAUUAGUGACGGGUUUUCCUUUACUAACGAGAAGAGAACGUUAAGGUUUCAUUUAGAUGAUGAUAACUUUAUUAGUCUGAAAGUCAAACCUGAAAAGCGUGUCAAAAAUGAGGCUGUUGGUCAUAUCAAAAUUAUCAGGAAGCAGCAGAAACUUGAACAGCUCUUUUUCUAUCUGCGGUAUUGUUCAAGCACAGAACCUAUCACUGAGCUGCGAUUUGGAAUCGCCGAAUUAGAUCAGGAAGCGGAAAAUGAAACAGUCGAAGUGCAACCAACAGAUUUAGACAGGGCUAUUAAUAUCACUGUUGACAAUCUGAUGAGCGACGAAUGGAAACAUCUUGCACGGCGAGAACUACAAAUAACGGACCCAGACAUUGAACGUAUUGAAAAUCGGAAUCCGAACCAGAAGAGAGAACAAAUCCACCAAAUGCUUCGUAUGUGGAGAAAUAGAAGUGGAGCGAGUGCAACUGUGGGCGCCUUGAUAAUUGCACUUGAGGAGCAAAAACUAAAAAAUAUUUCCGACGAAAUACGUUCCAAAAUAGAAGUAUAG